UCUGUCGGACUUCUCCUCCAACCUCGGUCCUUCUUCUGCUCUCUCUCCGCUCCGAGGACACCCAAGCUCCUUCGCCCCGCCAAGGCUCCGCCCGGGCCACCCUUCGCCAGCCUGUUCAAGCUCGCCGGUCUGCUCCAUCAAGCGCGCUUUUCCUCACUUGCUGCGGCCAUUAUUUCUGCUCUUACUAUUGUAAAGUUAGACAUUUUUACUUCCUUCCCCUGCUAGCUAUUAGACUACUUAAUACUUCAGGUCAUUACAGCCGGAGCCGUUCCCGUUCCCCCUCAGCCGCUCCUCCACCUCUUCGGCCCUUCCGUCACACCUCACCUCUAAACCCUAACCCUAACCCUAGCCUUAAACCCGACCACGUCCUCUUCCUCCUCCUCUGUCACCCCUUUUCUCCUCCUGUCCUCGUUCGAUCCCAGCCCUGUCCCUAACCCUAACCCUAAACCCUAACCCUAAACCCUAGACCCCCCUCCUUCUCCUCUGGUUGCUUGGGAGCGGAAUGGAGGUGCCGAAGGAUCAGAUGAGCACCCUUCUCGACAACGGCCUCUUCGACUCCGCUCAAAUGCUGCUGGUGCAAAUAUUGAAGCAAGUCCUUCUCUUAAAGCUGAGUAUCUGGUGCUUCAAGGUGAUGCUUUAUUUGGAGAAAAGGAAUUUCGUAGGGCACUGAAUAUGUACAAACAAGCAUUGCAACAUUGCAAAAGCAUCCCGAGACAAGCAACAAGUAAUUCUAGAAACUCAUUAUCCACAUCAAGUCGAUCUUCGUCCCCGAACUCGUUGAGUGUUUCGACCAUUAACGACAAUGAGGUGAAAUUCAAGAUUACUCUUUGCCAUUGCUCACUAAAUGAGCACCGAGCUGCCCUUGUAGAGAUGGAAGGAAUUCCGCUGAAAGCAAGAACUCUACGAAUGAAUCUGACAUUGGGGAAGCUUUAUCGUGUAUCUAGAAACAACCGUGCUUCCAUCGCUUGUUAUAAAGAUUGUUUAAGGCACUGCCCUUAUAUUUUGGAGGCUGUUACAGCUUUGGCUGAAUUAGGCGUUUCUUCGAAGGAAAUUUUAUUGCUAUUUUCCCAGACUCCAGUAAAGAGUGGGAGGCUCCUCAGUGAUAACUUGGAUACGCAGCGUUGGUUGAAUAGAUAUGUUGAGGCUCAGUGUUGCAUUGCUUCGAAUGAUUAUAAAGGUGGCCUUGACAUAUUUUCAGAACUAUUGCAACGCUUUCCUAAUAAUGUGCACAUCUUACUAGAAACUGCGAAGGUUGAAGCCAUUAUCGGAAGAAAUGAUGAGGCAAUCAUGAAUUUUGAGAAGGUUCGAUUUGUUGAUCCAUAUGUCCUAACCUACAUGGAUGAGUAUGCAAUGCUUCUAAAAUCAAAAUCCGACCCCUCAAAGCUAAACAAAUUGGUGCAUGAUAUGCUGCAUAUUGAUUCUGGAAGACCAGAAAUAUUUGUCGCCCUCUCUGCAUUAUGGGAAAGAAAAGAUGAACGGAGAGCUUUGUCAUUUGCUGAGAAGAGCCUCCGAACUGAUGAUAGACACAUAGCAGGCUAUAUUAUGAAGGGUAAUCUCUGUAUGUCAUUAAACCGGCCAGACACUGCUGUGACAGCUUUCAGGGGCGCUCAGGAGCUACGGGCCGAUCUUCGUUCAUACCAAGGCUUAGUACGUGCAUAUCUGGCACUUUCUAAAUCCAAAGAAGCAUUGUUUACUGCUCGAGAAGCAAUGAAGGUUAUGCACCAGUCAGCAAAAGCUCUCAAAUUAGUUGGUGACGUGCACGCUAGUAAUUCUAGUGGGAGAGAGAAGGCGAGGAAGUUUUAUGAAUCAGCCCUUCGUCUCGAACCUGGGUUUCUCGGAGCUGCAUUAGCCUUGGCCGAUUUACACGUCGUUGAAGGAAGAAACAAGGAGGCUGUGUCACUGCUCGAAAGAUAUCUAAGAGACUGGGCAGAUGAUUCUCUACACGUUAAGUUGGCUCAAGUGUUUGCUGCAACGAAUAUGCUCUCAGAUGCUCUUUCUCAUUACCAAGCUGCAUUAAGGAUAAACCCACAGAAUGAAGCAGCGAAGAAAGGUUUAGAGCGCUUGGAGAAACAAAUGAAGGGAAUGGAUCCCGAUGCUCCGGAAGAGGAAGAAGAAAUUGAAGCCGAGGAUGCUGAAGGUGAUCAAGAGGACACUGAGCUGCUGUAAUCUGCAAAAUCUUUGAACCCUGUUAUCCGCUCUAUCAUUCUUGAACCUGCCUCAGAUAAAAAUUGAAACCAGUUUUACAGAGAGGAGAACCAGGGGCGGCGACUAAAAACGAAUAUACUAUAAAAACCACUCUCUCUCUCUCUCUCUCUCUCUCUCUGUGUGUUGCUCUUUAAAGAAGUUAGCACAGGCUUUAUUUUGGCAUGAUGGUCAAUUGCGGGGACAUGAUUUUUAAUGUGUAGCAGAGUGUAUUUUAGGCGAUGUUAAUCGACAGGAGCAUCAAUUUUAUUGUGUAUUCUGAAGCGGUUAGGAUUUUCAUCAUUCAUGCGAAGAUUACGAAUCUCCGGGAGAGAGGCUUAUGAUAUUUCUUCAGUCCAGAAUGCGGGCACGUGUUUACGCGUGGAAUGCUUUUCACCCUCCUUCCUCCACUAAAAUAGUGUGGCCAAUGCAAGGUUCUUUAAAGAUUUCUAAGCAGUUAAUAGUGCUUUCGUGGUACCGGUGGGAGCCGAAAGAGGUUGUGUAUGAAGUUAUUUGGAUUGUUGCUACAUGUACCUCCGAUGAUAAGUCGACAUGAUUUGUAAAUUGGAACUAUGUUUCUAGUCUGUCUGUGAUGGAAGAUUAAAUGAUACGGUCGAUGCUACUGCUGGCAGUACCAAAUCCUGCCAUGAGCCUAAGAAAUAUCUCUACUGCAGUUCAUUGGUUUGUGUUAUUUCCAAUCAGUGUUUGUUAUUUGUUUCUGCGUUUUCUUCUCUCUCUCCUCGUCUGUUUCCUUGACAUCCAAGCACUCAUAGGCUUAUAUUGCGAGCGAAUUUGGGAGGGAAGGAUGGAUUUUUUUUAAGGAUAUUUUUGUUUUGUUAUUUGA